GAGAGAGAGCCGGGCUGCAGCAGCCAGCUGUUGGUAAGCAGCGCUCCCGAAUCACCAUCAGCUUCUGCAUCAGCAACUGUUCCCGUUUAAUUGGUCCUGAUCAAGUGGGCGAAACUAAGAAGUAAACAGAGAAAAAGAAGCUCGAGGAACAGGUGUCACGCUAUAAGAGAAAAUGGGAAGGAAGAAAAUACAAAUUUCUCGUAUUCUUGACCAGAGGAAUAGACAGGUGACCUUUACCAAACGCAAGUUUGGUCUGAUGAAAAAAGCUUACGAGCUGAGCGUGCUCUGUGACUGCGAGAUCGCUCUCAUCAUCUUCAACAGCACCAACCGUCUGUUCCAGUACGCCAGCACAGACAUGGAUAAAGUUCUGUUAAAAUACACAGAGUACAGCGAGCCACACGAGAGUCGCACCAACACAGACAUACUGGAGACCCUGCGUAGGAAAGGCCUCGGUCUUGAUGGCUCAGAGCUUGACAGUGAGGAGAGCAUGCAGGUGGCAGCAGACAAAUAUCCUCUCAGUGAGGGCAUCGAUCUCUCUGUGGCUCGCCAGCGCUUCUACGGUCCCUCUCUGCUCUCACCGGAGGCGCAGUUCCUCGUGUCUACAGGUUGCGAGAACGGCUUUCCCAAUUCCUCCGGAUCCAGCAUGGCCUCCCACAGACCCCCAGGCUUUAAAUCUCUAAACUCCAGGUCCAGCUCUGCCAGUCCUGCUGCACCACACACACACACAGCAUUCAUGUCUCCACACUCAGGUAUCGGCUACUCUGUGUUUUCCCAUGGCAACCUAAAUCGAGCUCUGGACAUGAAAAGCCCUCCUCCUCUGAACGUGGGCACUGAAAACCUGCGGGCAGAUGGUGCUAAUCAGGCCAUGGGGGCCACACGUGCUAACCACAGCUCUGCUAGGGGUCUUUUGUACCAGGGCCUACACAGCAGCAGCUCCAUGGUGGCUAUGGGUAAGGCAGGGCUGCUGAGUCACAGUUUGGGAGGCUAUGGUCUCCCCUCCCCGGGAGCCUCUGAUUACAGCCAGCCUGGUUUUUAUCACUCAGUCAGUUUACAGCGAGGAAACCCCUGGCAACCAGCACAGCCGCCUCAGGAGCCUCAUGGGCCUCACAUAAAUCCUGUAGGGUCCAGCGGGGGGUGCUCUUUCCCCUCUCAGUCUUGCACGCCAACCUCUCCACAUCUGCCAUCCCUCAACCUCAACAUCAAAUCGGAGCGUAGCUCUCCUGAGCACAUGUCCUCACCUACCUCCCCUCCUCUGCACCACCUUAGGCAGCAUUCUCCAAUGAGCAACCCUGAUUCGGCUCGCCAUACCCCUUCAGAAACCCAUCCGGCCAAUGGCACGAAGGAGUUUGCCAAAGUCGGCUACCCGCAAGACCAAGAGGAAGGAGGGCAGUCGCUCAGGCAGUUAGAGAUGAGUGACGGCUGGCAAAGAUAGCCACCUGCUCCACUCUGCCAGCCCCACUCAGUCAACACCUGUCUUCAAACAAAACCAGAAAGAGUCGACCUAUGCCUCUCACUGUCUCCUCACACAGAGCUGGUCUCUCCUGGGCAGCGGAGAAUUCUUCUCUGCAUCACUUGCUUGAUCCCAUGAGGAGACAGACAUAUACAGACUUUUGCUUUUGGUUUGGUUAGGUUUAGUUUUCUGUGUGUAGCUAAUGUGAAUCAAAAAAGUACAAUUUGGAAAUGUGAUUGUUUUGCUGGGACUUUGUUGAUGUUGGCUACAGCAGCAGAGUGGGACCAACUGAACUUCUCUGAAGUGCAUGUACUGUCAGUCUUGGAUGUGGAGAAAUGCCUUCAUAAUGGAAUUUUAAUGAGAGAAAUGUGAAAGUCUCUGUCUAUAUUUUCUUUAAAAACACAUUGUAAAAUUCAGCUGACAGAAGGCUUCUGCUGUCUGAAUUAUUUGUUUGUCCAGACAGUGUUUUAUUGCUGUUGCUUUACAAAGCAUCCUUUGUAGAGAAGCAAAGAAAAAGGAAGUUUUGCUCUAAAAAUAUCCCAACUUAAAUCAGGCUGCUGUAGCCUCAGAUUAUCUUCCUGUAUUUUAUGGCUUUUAGAUCUUAGCCCCCAUCUCUUACAUAGGAAUCACAAUAAGAGAGGCUAUUUUCAAGACCUGUGUGGGCUGGGGGAACGGUUUGCUGCAGUAUUGCCUAAAAGGAUUUUUUUUUUUUUUUUUUUAAUAUGUGAGCCCAUCCUUUUAAGAUCCCAGGCACCGGUCUGUGUCAGAGAUUAGGUUAGGCUCAUUUCUUUGGGAUGUAAAAAUAGUUUCUUUUUCAGGUUUGUUUGUUUGUUUUUUAAUCUUUAGUAUUAUUAUAGUUUAAUUGUUUUAUUUUUUUUCAGCAACACUCACAGCAGUCUACUAAGACCAAAGUGUUUAAUUAUUGUCCCUACGCAUUGCACACAAAUACUGCGACAGCCAAAGAAGUAUGUAUUUGUUUUUAUCUGGUCAAUUUUUUAUUAAAAAAAACAAACAAUUAUUUACUUACUCUUUUUGAAGGGCUUCAUGUAGUAAGUGUUUAGCUAUUGUUGAGUUUAUGAUGUUUAGACGCUUAUGGCACGCGGUAUACUAGAUGAGUCUAAAUACUCAUUUAUUCAUUUGUUUAUUAUCUGGUUUUCACUUAUGUGUCAAUUUGCUUUUUAAGCUUGUGCGCUGGAUACCUUUAUGUCUUUCAGUGUUCCGCUUUCAGCUUCUGAUCUUCAAAUGACAAAAGGCAGUAAAAAAAAAAAAAAUUUUUAAAUAGCUGGUCAUUUUUACUCACUGUCCACAAGGGGUCGUCUUAUUUUCCAUUGACAAGCUGGCUGGAAUUGGUUGAAGUGCAGAGCAGUGAAGACCAGCCUUAACUGGUAAUUCAUAUGAUAUGAUAUACGGUUGCAGCUGUAACAACUGAAAAUUCCCUCUGGGAUCAAUAAAGUAUUUCUGAUUAAUUUUCUAAUGAAUGGUUAAUCCAUCCUUCCAUUUUCUUCCAUGUAUCCUUUGCAGGGUCGUGGGGAGGCUGGAGCCUAUCCUAGCUACCAUAGGGCGAGGGUGCACCCUAGACAGGUCGCCAGCUUGUCACAGGGUCCCCUGAAUGGUUAAUCAAUUAAUCAAAUUAAACUCUUUAGAGAUUCAAUAAUCCAGCUGGCGGGGGUCUUCAAAUUCAAGCUCUAGAUUUAACUCUCUUUUCAUUUUUCGUGCGUUUUUGUGGAUUAAUAUCAGCAUGAAAAACAAAGUUGUCAGUAUUCUGAUGUUUUGGUUGAUUUUUUUUUUAUGUUUGUUGAAUGCUUCACUAACAAA